GCAUUGUGCAAACGCAACAAUUCAAACCGAGUUUACUAUGUUCCGUCGCGCUGUCCCCGCCUUCCGCCGGAUCCACCUAGCGAAUGCUCCAGCUCGUCGCGGCAUAGUGACCACUGUGUUGGAUAAGGUUAACUACACAGCCCAUGUUGUUACGACGGGUGGACGUGAAGGACACUCGAAGUCUACCGACGGCGGCAACUUGGACAUCAAGCUCGGCGCGAAGGGGGUGAACCCGGAACAAUUGUUUGCCGCAGGAUACUCUGCGUGCUUCAUGGGUGCGCUGAAGUACGUUGCUAGCAAAGACAAGAUUACCCUUCCAGAUGGCUUCAAGAUUAACGCCAGUGUGGACCUUGGCCCCAUACCGACCGGGUUCGGUAUUGCCGUCACGUUGGAAAUCAACCUGCCCGGACUUGACAAGUCCGUUGCUGACCGCGUGGUCAAAGCCGCCGAUAUCGUGUGUCCCUAUUCGAACGCGAUUCAAAACAACAUUGUCAAGGAACUCAUCGUUAAGGUGUAGUGCAACACAUUUUACUCCCUCUAGUACAUAUUUCGUACAUCGUUUCUA